AUGAGCGCUCCACAGCAAAAUGAAGCCGAAAAAAACAUCGAGAUCUGGAAGGUCAAAAAGCUCAUCAAACGCCUUGAGGCUGCCCGGGGCAAUGGGACAUCCAUGAUUUCCCUCAUUAUCCCGCCCAAGGACCAGGUCUCUCGAGCGGCCAAAAUGUUGGCUGAAGAAUUCGGUACCGCUUCCAACAUCAAGUCCCGAGUCAACCGCUUGUCCGUCCUGUCUGCCAUUACUUCGACCCAGCAACGAUUGAAACUGUAUAACAAAGUGCCACCAAACGGCCUUGUUGUCUACUGUGGUGAAAUCAUCACCUCGGAAGGAAAAGAAAGAAAGAUCAACAUCGACUUUGAGCCCUUCAAGCCCAUCAAUACCUCCUUGUAUCUUUGUGACAACAAGUUUCAUACGGAGGCACUGAGUGAACUCCUCGAAUCGGACCAAAAGUUUGGCUUCAUUAUCAUGGAUGGUAAUGGUGCCCUCUUUGGAACCCUGAGCGGCAACACAAGAGAAGUGAUCCAUAAAUUUUCGGUGGAUUUGCCCAAGAAGCACGGUCGGGGUGGUCAGUCUGCUCUACGUUUUGCUCGUCUCCGAGAAGAGAAACGUCACAACUACGUGCGGAAAGUUGCCGAAUUAGCCGUGCAGAACUUCAUCACCAACGACAAAGUCAAUGUUGCCGGCCUGAUUCUGGCCGGUUCCGCCGACUUCAAGACUGACCUAGCCCAGUCCGACAUGUUUGACAAUCGUCUUCAGUCCAAGGUCAUCAAGGUUGUGGACGUCUCCUAUGGAGGUGAAAAUGGGUUCAACCAGGCGAUUGAUCUCUCCGCCGAGACUCUGAGCAAUGUCAAAUUCAUUCAAGAAAAGAAGCUCAUCGGCAAAUACUUUGAGGAGAUCAGUCAAGACAGCGGCCGAGUCUGCUACGGUGUGGAGGAUACUCUCAAGGCACUUGAACUCGGCGCGGUCGAGACCUUGAUUGUCUACGAGAACUUGGACGUGACUCGCUGGGUUCUGAAGGCUUCAGAUGGCACCGAAAGGAUCUUGCACACUAGCAAAGCCCAAGAGGCCAAUCGUGAGCAAUUCAUGGACAAGGAGACGGGUCAAGAAAUGGAAGUUGUUGACCAAAAUUCGUUCCUCGAAUGGUUGGCCGAGAAAUACAAGGAUUUUGGGGCUACGCUGGAAUUUGUGUCUGACCGUUCCAGCGAAGGCAACCAGUUUGUGAAGGGGUUCGGUGGAAUCGGGGCUAUUUUGCGAUACAAGGUCAACUUUGAACAGUUGGCUGACGGUGAUGACGAAGAUGAGUUUUACGAUGAUUGA